AGAAUGUAACUUUCCAGCUCAACAGAGGUCACUAGGGGUCAUGGAGGGUUUUAUGAUGCAAUGUCAGCUGCUAUCAUGUCGUGUUGAUCAUAUCUAAGGGUAAGCGGACGGAUAAACCAUGACCAGCUUUUGGAGCCUGCGCCGCACUCUGCUUGCGGCAGGGGGAGCUGCUGGUACUGUCUACGCAUUCUCAACGUACUCAAGAAGUAAGAGCAAUAAAAAACACAGAGCCCAUGUCGUAGCGGCGGACACCCCCACCCCCACCCCAGGGCCCCUGCCGUCGCGAGCGGCGAACCUGACAGCACUACAGGAGACCCCCGAGUUCGAUGUGCUGGUGAUCGGGGGAGGGGCAACGGGAUGUGGGGUCGCGCUGGACGCAGUAACAAGAGGGUUGAAAACAGCGCUAGUGGAGAGGGACGACUUCUCAGCUGGCACCAGCAGUCGCAGCACCAAACUGAUCCAUGGGGGAGUCAGGUACCUGCAGAAAGCCAUCAUGGGCCUGGACAAAGAGCAGUACAACCUUGUAAAGGAGGCAUUACACGAGCGAGCCAACCUGCUGGAGAUAGCACCUCACCUGUCUGGGCCACUCCCUAUCAUGUUACCUGUCUACAGAUGGUGGCAGCUCCCAUACUUCUGGGCGGGUAUCAAGGCGUAUGACCUCGUGGCGGGGUCACAGUGCGUGAAGUCCAGCUACAUGCUGACCAAGUCCCGCGCCCUGGAACUCUUCCCCAUGCUGAAGAAGGACAGACUAGUGGGGGCCAUCGUCUACUAUGACGGCCAACACAACGAUGCCCGUAUGAACCUGGCCAUCGCCCUGUCGGCGGCGCGGCACGGUGCCGCGGUGGCAAACCACAUGGAGGUCAAGUCUCUCACCAAGAGUACGGACGGCGACGGGAAGGAGGUCAUCUCUGGUGCAGUCAUGAAGGACUGUCUGACUGGUCAAGAAAUCACAGUCAAGGCCAAGUGUGUGGUCAAUGCCACUGGUCCCUUUACAGAUGGGAUCCGGCACAUGGACAAUGCCCAGAUCGCCAACAUCUGCCAGCCCAGUGCAGGAGUUCAUAUUAUACUGCCAGACUACUACAGCCCUGAGUCCAUGGGUUUGCUGGAUCCCUCGACGAGCGACGGACGCGUGAUCUUCUUCCUCCCGUGGGCCGGCCUGACGAUCGCGGGAACCACGGACAGCCCCUGCGACGUUACCCACAAUCCCAUGCCCACGGAGAAGGAGAUCCAGUUCAUCUUGAACGAGAUCAAGAAUUACCUCAGUCCAGAUGUGUCAGUGAGGAGGGGGGAUGUGCUCGCCGCGUGGAGUGGGAUUCGGCCGCUGGUGUCUGACCCCAACUCUAAGAACACCCAGUCUAUCUCCCGCAACCACGUGAUCGAGGUCAGCCCUUCCAACCUGGUCACCAUUGCAGGAGGGAAGUGGACGACCUACCGGUCGAUGGCCUCUGACACGGUGGACAGGGCUAUUGAGGUCUGUAAUCUGGCACCCAGACACAAGGAGUGCCAGACAGACGGACUGAUGUUGGAGGGAGGAGACGCCUACACACCUACCAUGUUCAUCAGACUGGUGCAGGACUUUGGGCUCGAGAAUGAGGUUGCCCAGCACCUGGCCCACACCUAUGGAGACAAAGCCUUUGAGGUCGCUAAGAUGGCUCAGAUGACGGGGAAACGCUGGCCUGUGGUGGGCAAGAGGCUGGUGGAGGACUUCCCCUACCUGGAGGCUGAGGUUAAGUAUGCAGUGAAGGAGUAUGCCUGUACAGCCAUUGAUGUGAUCGCCAGGCGGACCAGACUGGGGUUCCAGAAUGUGCAGGCUGCGGAGACCGCCCUGCCGACCAUCGUCAGGAUCCUGGGGCAGGAACUGGGAUGGAGCAACCAAAGAUGCAAGGAGGAGGAGGAGGCAGCAAAGGAGUUCCUGUACAUGGAGAUGGGCGGGAAGGCUCAUCUGGACGUGCGGGCGCAGAUCACGCCCGACACGAACCUACCGGUCGCCGACAUCGAGCGCUACACCAAACGCUUCAACAAGGUCGCCGGGGCAAAGGGGUUCAUUACCCAUGUGGACCUAGGAACUAUCAUACAGAAUCUUGGGAUUGACAUCUCGGAUGACCAACUCCACGACAUGCUGGAAGAGGUGGACACCAACCGGAACGGCCAGGUGGAACUGGACGAAUUCCUUCAGUUGAUGAUUGCGGCACGUUUGGGGUACGUCACUCUCUCCCGCCUGGAUCGCAUCAUGGCGCUCACGGACCAAAUGGUGGAGAAGAAAGCGAUACCAACGCACCGCAGUGGGGGAGGGGUCUGAUCGUACACGGCCUUUAAAAUGCUAACGAAAAAAAGCUGAUGAGCUCAGUCAGGGCAGGGGUGAUGAGCACCAGCCGCCUGGACAGGAUCAUGAAACUGGCAGAAAUUGUGGAAGACCCGGAGAACCCCAUGAAGAAAUCAGAAGAUAUCAA